GACGUGAAUGCAGAUUUUGGGAGCCUGAACAGGAAACUGAAAUAGGCGAGAUAGGGAAGAACAAAGAACCCAAAACACCCGAAACUGAUGUUGACCAUGUCAUAGCUUAGUUGGUCUGGGGGAGAUCCUAGGAGAAGGCAGCUUUGGCCGUGUCUACAGAGGCCAACGGCACGGCCAGGACACUGUUGACUCACCACGCCAUCCAUGAAGUGGAUAUGCUCAGACUCCUGGAACACCCGAACAUACUAUCUUUGUACGAGGCCAUCAUUCAGACGGAGUACCUCUUCAUGGUGAUGCCUCUCUGCGAUGAGGAUCUCAACUCAUUCCUGCGUCGAGAGGGACCGAGAAGGCAGCCAUCCCGGUUCUUCCGGGUGAUGAGACAACAGGCAGCAGGCUUGACGGAGUGUCACCGCCAACGGAUAGACAACGGAGACAUCAAGCCGGCAAACAUUUUACGUCGCCGGUGCCGAUUCCUGCUGGCAGAUUUUGGGUUGGCCGAGAAGCUGACCACCGGCCAACCCCUGCUCACCGAGCCAGCAGGAACCAUUGUAUACUGGGCACCGGAACAACGAAACCGUAUGACACGUCCGUCGACCUGUGAGCGUUGGGGUUGGUGGCCAAAGAGGUGGCGACCGGCCGACCGUGCCGUCAGGGAGAGGACGAGCAAUAUCAUUGGGCCUCAUCCCUGGGCGAAAGAUACCGGGCGGAGAUGGAACGAUUGAGAUUUCCCGUCCGGUGGUACCUUGAGGGCUUACUCCAGGAUAACCCGUCCCACCGGAGACCUGCUGCACAGUGGGAGUGGCCCGGAACAAAUACCGUACUGUUGAUUGAAACCGUAGCUCAGCCAAACCCACUGAUAUCGUUAUCCACACUAAGGCCAACACCGCUCCCACCAGCAUCUCCGUUAACGCCACCACCCCAACCGUCACCUGCCUCACCGGAACCGCCAACUCCAGCAGGGAAGACACUGGUACUACCGUCAUGGCUGGCCUCCAAGAUCAGGGCUCAACCCAAUCCCCGGCUGUGGUCACCCAGCUUUCGGGCUGAAGUCAUCGCACUGCUACCAACCACCGUGGAGGGCAGACGUCGGAUCCGACUGAAACUCCGGUUUCCCUCCGGCACUGUCCGCCGUCUUUGGGUACCAGUAGACUGAAUCCAAUUCCUAGACCGACUUGACAAGGAGAU